GUUUUAUAAAUCUAUAUUAUUAUUUUUAUAGGUUUCUCUACCGGUUAUGCCAUUACGUGUUCAAAUAACCAGUUACAAAAAUGUGAAACUGUUAUCGCUUAUGAAAGAACGAAGGAUGAAACAUCUCUGUCGCAACUGGAUCUCAUGAAGUUAUGCAGUAACCUCCGGAGUAGCAUGAACUGUGUUAUGAACUAUUCUACUAACUGUCUGGGGUCAGAAGAGAGACUUCAAACAGGGGAUCUCAUCCUACUAACGAGGAAACACAUCAACUACGUCUGUGAAGAAGAGGAUGCUAUCGAGGAAUACUGGAAAGGCGGAGAAUGUUAUGGAAAAGAUGAAAUUAAGGAAUGUGACGAUGAUUUUGAAAAGCGACUGAAGGAAAGAGGCCUUACGAAAAAACCGAGUACAAUAACUUGUCGUCAUUACAUGAACUACCAGCAGUGUGUCCAAACUGUAGUAGAAGAGAAAUGUACUGCAGAUGAUAAAGUCUUCAUAGGAACUUACUUGGUUGAUAAAGCUGAUUCUCUUUCGUGGGUCUGUACUGAUGAUUUUUCAAGCGAAUACAUUUCCACUAUCAGCCCAACUUCAGGACGAGGUUCUUUCAAGGGUUAUCGUUGCCUAACGAAACUGAAAAACAAACUGGAUGAAUGCACAAAAGAGUUCAAGCGGGUUGAAGAAACUAGUUUAGAAGACCGGGAAGAUUUCGAACAAGAAGAGUCAAAGGAACCAAGCCGAAAAGAAUAUUGCUGUGCUUACCACGACUUCAUCAACUGUGUGGAUUCUGCUGCUAAAGUUCAGUGUGACAGAGAUGGCCAGAGAUUUGUACAACAUGUUUUAGAUCAGACCAGAAUGACAUCAGGGGACUAUUGUGAUACCUACGGAGGUUUGAGUUUGCAGUGUUCCACUGCAGCACAACUUCCUCAGCCAAGUGAACUUUUGUUUUGGGUACUUUUAGUGUUAUCUUUGUCUUGGAAACAUGGAUGCGCAAUGUUCAUAGGUGAAUUAGCUUACUAAAGGUAAAGCGUAUUGAUUAUUUUAAGAAUAAACCAUGGAAUCAUUGGUAACUUUGUACUGUUAAAGUUGGUCUGUCAGCAGUGAAAAGCCAUUGGAAAUUAUUGUGAAACGCUAUGAUGAUAUCAAAGGAAGUCCCGGCUUAUUAUGACGUCACAUCAAAUAAAACUACAAUGUUUUAUAAAAUUGUCAGUUUCACACACACAAAGUAAUAUAUUUUGCAUAGAUGUCGCGUUUCUUCUGAGUGCUGCCGAUUUCUUGGAAUCAAGGACUAUUCAAUAAACCACUUGGAUUUUUAUUGAUGUUUGGCUUAAAUAGUGCAUUAGAAAGGCUUAGGGUUAAACCAGUAAUUUUCUAAUAUUGUGCUGUUUAAAGUGAUCUAUAGUAAUUAGUGAAAACUUGUGAGUCAAGGGCUGCUUGUGUAUUUGAAGUAACUCGUAAACAAAACGUUUUUAAAAAGAAAAUAAAACUAAUAAUUUUGCAAGAUCUCUCGGGGUACAUCAGCAGGUCGGAUUGCAUUUUUGUGCAUCAUGUGACUGUUGAAUUGACAGCUAAAAUUGAAGUAACCAUAUGGAAAGGAUCAGCAUACUGUUAGAAUUCAAGCUUCUCCACUAGGGUAUCUCGCGUAUGUAAAAGAUGCUUGAUAUUACAAGCAAUUCGGAAAAUAGAGAAAACUCGCACUUACUAUGGUAUAAAGCAAGGAUAAUGUCUAAUAAUAAAUAAUAUUAGCUAGUAAAUUAUCAAAUCACUUGUGUUCUACUCUAAAUGAUAUAAGUUGAUCCAUAUUAAAAUGAGGUGGUAGUGUAUGGAUAUUUCGGGAAGAUAUCAAAACCUUCUUGGAAUUAGAAUGCAUUAUCCAGUCAGCGUAAUACGGGUCUUUUAAAUAAUAAUUAUAAUAAUAAUAAUGGAAAAUUAAACCAUUAUAUCUUCCCUAGAUGAAGCUGACACAUUCUAUUAAACUGAUCGUAAAAAUCCUUCUCGUUCGUGUGAGAAAUGAAUGUUACGUUUAUACAUGUAACCAUUUCUACUGUAUUGGCGUUAGUGUAUGUUCCAAUCUUGUGAACCCUUAAAAAAAGAAGAAGAAAACUGCAAAUUUUUAGUGAGUUUUUAACUAGUUACUUUAGUAAUUCUCUUGACCAAGAGGUAAUCCAGAUAGAGAAAAGAUAAAGGCAAAUAUUUUUUGUAUAGAUGCCUUGUUUCAAUUUCCUUUUUAUUGACUAAUGUUUUAAAAGGCUUAAUAAACACGUGCAUAGUACGUAGAUAUUGUCAUAGAAGACAUUCUCUCACAAAAUAUAUAAAAAUUGUUGACAUGUACCAAGCUCCAGUACGUACAUUUGGUCUAGGUAUGUUCGUAGAACCAAUGCAAAUAGUAUUCGUUUUACCUAAGUUAUACAUGGAGCCACUUGGAGAAACACUGUAAAGCUAUUUAUUCAAUUUUGCGUACAUUUUAUAUUAAUCCUUCAGUUACUUGAAUCUGCUUCGGUAGGUGGCGUUUUGGUAUUCAACACGAAAUGUUUUUAUUUUGUUCGAGCGAAAUUUGACCACAAGAGUUUUGUUGAUGUUUUUUCAUUCAUUUGUUGUUGUUUUUAACUCAACCCUGUUUCGGUUGAUAUCACCCCUCAUUAGUAAAAAAAAAAAAAAAAAUUGGAAAAGAAAACAAAAUAUUCUUGAUAGCAAUAUCAUGUUGAGUAUGAUGCAUGUUCUCCGAAUUCUUACUGUAUAGUAGGACUUCGAAUGGCGAGAAAGAAACAACUAACUUGUAUAUUUGAAUCAUUCAUUGAUAUGGAAAUUAAAAUGUAUUGUUGUUUGUUUGUAUUUUUUUCUAAUACGUCUAGAGGUUGGGGACUUGCAACUCUUGUUGAUAUUAUAUAAACAAAAGCGUGAAUGUACUUUAAUAACGUAUGCACAUAUAAGCUAUACAGCACUAUAAUAUUUGAAACAAUAGAUAUGUUGUAAUCGUGAAUUAUAAUUAAAGUAUAGAAUCCCAUACUGUAUUAAGCUUUACAGUUUUAGCCUGGAACAUGUAUUGUUCUUGGAUGUUUGUUUUAUUAAUUUCUACAUAGAACUGGCACGUUUUAAAAUCUAUUAUAAAGAUUGUGUAUAAAAUGAAAACAAAAUGUUUUAUGAUUUUCUGCAUAUUUUCAAAAUAUUUUAUUGCAACAUUCCGUCUCCAAUAGUUCUAUUUGUUAUAGAAAGUUACGUUAUAAGGUUGUAAAUAGUUGUGCUUCUAAUAAACUGUAUUACUGCCUUGA